AUGUCCCGCGACCGGUUGAUGGCUUUGGUUCUCGACACCUGUAGCCGAGAGAACGUCAAACGUAUUGCAUCGGCAUUUCCUAGUAUGGAACUACUGGACGGUCUGAUCCAGUAUUUCCUCUCAUCGCCAUCGAUAGACGCGCCAACGUGGUUUCACCUUCCUACUUUUUCACCCUCGAAGUUGAACCCGGAGUUGCUUGCUUCUGUCGUGUCUGCUGGAGCGGCCACUCUUCCUGACAUAUCUUUGCGAAAGCUGGGCUACGCUUUGCAUGAGGCUUCCAGAUUAGGGCAGUCCAAAUCAUUCGAAGAGGACAACACAGCUAUCAGGGAUCUUCAGCACUUGCAGACGUUCCUGCUGCAACUCAAAGUCGGCAUGUGGAGUGGCAUCAGCCGGAAGAUGGAGAUUGCAGAGAGCUUUCUCCAGCCGCUGAUGACGAUGCUUCGCCGUGGUGGUCGCUUUCGUCGUUCGACUUGGAAAGAGAUCAGUCCGUCUCCUGACGACCAGGGCUCUGUUUUGGAAGAAAAGUGGCUGAGUUGGGUUAACCAAGAGUCCUUUCUUCGCUUGGUUCAUCGCGCCUUCGAGUUCGAUCGGCAGUCGUCGAUGGCAUUGCUUAAGCCACCACUGCUUUCCUACGCGGAGAUGCAAUUACCCUUGCCGAGUCCAAACUCAUUAUGGCAGGCCAAAUCUGCUGCAAACUGGAAAAUGGCGUACCUGAAUGACGCAUCGGCAACUGCGAAGCGACCAUCAGCGACCGAAUGUCUACUUGAUCUGGAGCACCUCACUCAACACGACUAUGCCAGUUCGACUUAUCUGUACCUAAUGUGGGGUCCAAUAUGGGAAUAUCGUCAGAUGUGCGCCUUGACAUCUAGGUCACAGUCGCUGUCAACCAACAGCCUCAUUCUCUCGUCGCGCUACCAAGAGCUCACAAAGCAGCUGGAAGAUUUCAGGCUCAGCACACCUCCCAUGACUAAGAGCGUUGAGAUAACACUGGAGAUGUUGCUAGUUCAUCUCAACGCACCUCUCGAUGACAUCCAGCUCUUCGCUGGUAUCGAAGGGCAAGAAGAAGCACGCAGCGCAUACCCUGGCCUUCGAGACUGGGCAAAGACUCCCUCAGCGCGCCAAGCACUGUGGCAUGCCGGUCAGAUCUUGCGCGCCGCUGAGGUGCUACCAAAAGCUCUGCUUAGUAACUUCAACGCCAUUGCUGUGUAUCAUGCAGGGCUCAUACUAUGGGUUUACGGCUUUCUCAGACGAUCUGUAACAACGGAACAGAUUGACACGGCUGUUGUGCUCAACGGGGACGACUCGUUAAGCGCCCGCAAGUUCAUCACUCUGGAUCGCGGUAUUCCGGCGAUCAAGAACUCCGGAUCACAACAUCCUACCCACUUAAGCGAUGUUUGUGGAGUCAUGGACGGUUUGACGCAACUGCUUCGAGCGCACCAUGACGCGUCAGAACCUUCUCCGCCGCUGGUCGGCAACUUGGUGCAAUUGCUGGAAGGCCUGCGAUCUGCCAUCAAAUGA